UCCACGCGAGCCGAGUCCGCGUUCACCGCCUUCACCACCGUUGCUCACCUUUGCACAAACCGAAAAUGGAGUAAAACAAAGAUGGAGGAAGGAAUUUUUGGCCGUCGCGAACCGUAGAAAGUUUUGUCCGUAUGCGGUGACGAUCGUGCUGAAUCGUGAAGGAGUUAUCGGGAAACGUUGCUGCGGGGUGCCCACAUGAGAUUGUCAGUGAAAAUUGCAGUGAUGUGUUGUGUGUUUAAUUGAAAAUACGUUUUUUUUUUCGACUGCCUUUACCGCACCCCCCGUACGGAACGAAACGGAACAGUCAUCAAUGUGUGUGAUGUGGUGUGGUGAAUAAAAGCGGACACCCCAAAAUAUCUCAGCCGUGCAAUUAAAUGUAAACAAUUUUCCUGCCGUGAGCGUUGCAUAAGUCCAUCGUACAUCUCAAUCUGUCAAUUGUCGAAAUGGAAUUUCUUUCCAAAUCAUCGAAGCAAACUGGUGUGGCUCCUUGAUGGCAAAAUAAGUGGACUCGCGCCGUUGUUGGCUGGUCAGAAGAAAAGUUGAAAGAGCAAGCGAAAAAGUAGUCGCAUAAGAAGUAACUGUAAGGGCAGGUUUGGCUGCUCGCUCUCUUUUUUACACAUAUACACACAUCUCGGCUACGGGCCACUUGCUCUUGUGCCGCUGUUCCUGGUACGGUGGGAGCCACAGUAGCAGUGGAGCGAAUCAAUUUGUUCUAAGCGCAUACCGUGAGAGUUUACGUCGUGGAGGUGUUGCCCGUACGACAACAAUUUUCCAAUUAGUCAUUGAAGCAUUCCGGGGACCGUUCCAAGCCAAUGCCAGCCCUCAGCGCAAGAAGUUCAAUAUUGGUCUGAGCCAUGAUGGAAACCGAAUCGGUCAAGUCGGAACCGAGCAGCAAGACGACAAGUAGGCGUUCGAGAGGACAUAGCGGAAACAAUAGUAGCACCCUGGGCUCACACAGGGAUCGGACGAGGCACUCACAUCGAAACAAUCACUCUAGAAACAAACGGCCCGACAUGGCGCCCUUCCAAACAAGCGUCAACAUUGGGGACGAUAGUCGAGAUGGACAGGAAGUGAUAGAGGUGCAAAUAUUACCACAGGAUGAGACGUGGGGUGAGAAUACAACGGCCAUAACUGGCAAUACCUCAGAGCAGAGCAUUUCCAUGGAAGAUGUCAGUUACUGGCAAAUGUCUGACGAUACGGGGAUUGGCUUUGCCUGUCAGCGAUAUCUGGAGCGAACACUAUCGUUUCUAUUGUGUCUAGUUGCCUUCGUAAGCCCGGUAGCAAUGGCUGUUUUACCAAAGGUAGGAUUCUUUCCUGCGGCUUUCGACAACCUAGACUUGUCGCAAAAUGAUCGGUUGAAGCUGUUGGCAUGCAACGCAGAGUGUAAGGGAAUGCUAGUGUCGCUGGCGGCUAGGAUGCUGUUGCUGGCGAUAGGAGUGUGGGCGCUUUUCCUGAAGAAACCAGCAGCCAUCAUGCCGCGAAUAUUUUUCUGGCGAGCCUUCGUACUGUUGCUGGUUCUCAUCACUACCUUCGCGUAUUGGCUGUUUUAUAUUGUACAAGUAACCGAAGGCACGAAAGCACUUGUGACCGGGUCGGAAGCCGUAGAUUACAGUACGCUAGUACAUUAUUCUAUAAGUUUCACGGAUACGCUGCUAGCCAUAUUCUACGCGGCAGUGGUGCUCAUUUCGAUUAGACAUAUUGAGCCAGUUUACCACAUCAAAGUAAUAAGAAGUCCAGAUGGCGAGUCUCGUAACUACAGCAUAGGGCAGCUCAGUAUACAGCGCACUGCAGUGUGGGUGCUUCGUCGGUAUUAUACUGAGUUCACGAUCUACAACCCAUAUCUGGAGCGGCUGCCCGUGUCUAAAUCACAGCGAAAGGCGUUGUCCUCGUUCAAGUAUUACGAGGUAGAUGGUGCAACACCUGCACAACAGCAGAAUCAAUCACGAGCGGUCUUGGCUGCCCAUGCUCGACGUCGUGAUUCUUCGCACAAUGAACGGUUCUACGAGGAACAUGAAUACGAGCGGCGAGUCAAGAAGCGAAGAGCUCGUCUGGUGACGGCAGCCGAAGAAGCCUUUACCCAUAUCAAGCGUCAAACGAAUGACCCACCCCAAACCCAAGCGCCGGUUCUUCCUCUUGACCCGCAGGAGGCAGCUCAAGCUAUUUUCCCAUCAAUGGCACGUGCCCUGCAGAAGUAUCUUCGUGUAACACGCCAACAACCGCGUCACACAAUCGAGUCCAUCCUGAAGCACUUGGCCCACUGUCUCAAGUACGACAUGUCUCCGCGGGCUUUCCUGGAACCGUAUCUCGUCGAGACGCCCGUCCUUCAAAACGACAAAGAACGUCGAACCAACCACAACUGGGCGUUGAUCUGUGACGAGCUGCUCUCCAGACCAAUCGGCGAUGGUUGCACCUUCCAGCUGAUCCAGAACGAUGUUUUGCUCACCGUAACAAUCAACAAGAUCCCGCACUUCACGAUCAGCGAGGAGGUGAUCGAUCCCAAGUCGAACAAGUUCGUGCUGAAGCUGAAUUCGGAGACCAGCGUGUGACCUCCUCGAUCCGUGCGUGACCAACAGUUUUUGCAUCUUGUACAACCGCAACACCAACAGCAGCACGUGAUCAAACUGAACGAACGCAACGAAAUCCUCACCCAGCUGAACCUCAUUCUGGCCGGGAAGAAACGCAACCGGAAGAUCCAGGAUCGCCUGGUUUAGGGCAAUUUUCGUGAAAGUGGUGUGCCUCCAUCGAGAGGGUGGGAUUGUUUGUCGAGUGAAUCACGUUUUUGUGUGUGAGUUGUUUCAAGAAAAAAAGAUUCAGUGAAGAAGCCUGUAAUAGCUAUGAUUUUGGGGCGCACCGAAAAAGAGUCACCGAACAACAAAGGUGAAGUUCAGCUCACAGGAAGUGUAUAAUUGUAGGUUAUCUAGCUGGUAGUGUCUAAGACCUUUUCGAUGGUGUGUAAUUAUCCCGAAACAAAUGACCAUGUCGCGGCGGCCAUCCCAAAUGGUCGUGGAAAUAUUCGAGGCACGUUCAAUCGACUGCCUAGGAGCGGGGACCGGCCGGCUUCUAAAAAAUCGCUUCAUUAACAUGCUCUCGAUGCGGUGUUGUCCACAUCGUGGGGACCGGCCACAACAACUGACCCCCGGCAGGUAUAUGUGUAGUAAGAUGAAGAUCCGUGAACGGGCGCAGGAACACGAGCAAACAUAAAGACAAAUUAAUAAUUUGAAUCAUAAUACGCUUGCGGGGAUUUGCAUAUCAUUACGAAAUCAAGUCAGCUUUACUUGCUUCACCGUGUUCGACCAGAGGAAAGGUUCAGAAUGUAAAAUUAUUGUACACAUCUCUUUUGGGUAUCGAAAGCUGAAAAGUUUGUCUGUGAGUAUAAUUUUCGAUGCACAUACGAGAAAUUAGCAAAAAAGAUAAGAAGCAACUAGAAACACCACUGCCAAAGUAGUUAACAUUUCAACUCCGGUGCGCUAUCACUGAACUGUAUAGUUAUCUUCGCGAGUUAGCAUAAUGUUUUUAAACAGAACUCAUCAUAACUGUAAAACAAUAGUUUAAAAAAGCAACCGCAUCGAAGUUCAGUGAGGUGAGAUCAAUUCGCCUUUCACCUCGUCAAAAAAAAAACCCGAAAUGUUCGCGCUCUCUUUCGAUUUUAAAAUUUGAACGGUCACUCAUGCAUACACAAAACUCCGAUAAAGACUGGAAUUUCUCUCUCUCCGAUACGGACAAAUUGAAACAAAUUAGUAAUAUUAUUUUUUUAAUGUCAGGGUUAAUUUCCCGAUCGUUUAUGGUUCUUUUUUUAAAAUCCCCUCCUUCGUUCCAUCGUUCUUCCCGACUCGCCCAAAAGUCUUGAAUCGCUGUUGCGGUCAACUUUAUUGACGCAUUGAAUAAUCUAAUCCGGCCGAACGGGCCUCAAUAAUUAGCAUGAAAACGUAUAAAAUCGAAGCGUAUCGAGAAAAGCGUUUGAAAACCGCGUCGCCUCGUGUCGCUGCUGUGGGAGACGUCGCUUUCAAUAGGGUCAACCGACUGCCGAGUGACAACGUGCCGGAUGAUAAGCUUCACGCUGUGUGUUACUUUGUGUGUGCAGCACGGCAUGAAAUGUCCAAUAAUUAGCUUGGCAUUUCGGAAUAAUAAGUCUUGAAAUCCCUCUGAGAAUUGCGUAUCCGUCCUUUUUCUGCAAUCCAGUUCUGUGUGGCCAAAAAUGGGUGCAGUCACAGACAGUCGGACAACCUCUGCAAUGAAAGAUUGCCAGAUUGAAUUAGGUUGGACAUUUUUGAUUUUUCAAUUUAGUUGAAAAUUUGUUGAAUACAAUUGCAAAAAAAAUGCCACGUCUGGACAAAUUCCACGUUUCUGAACACAGUUUCGAGUUCAAUUAUCUGUGAGGUUGCCGUUCCACCUUGGCUUCGCCUAAUUCCCACCGGACACAUUGCGGCGGCACGUUGAUGGGGAAGGUCCCGGCGUGGUGCAUUGGGCCGUGCGCUGGCGUCGUCGAUGGCAACCGUCUUCACCUCUCUCAAAGGGGGAAAACAACUCAGUUGGGAAAUGCCAAGAAGGAGAGAGCGAUAAUCAAUUUUACUGCGCUUUUUGAUCAACUCUCUCAUGCUUUCGGACAUGGAUCUGUUUCCUGCCGUUGGUAAUUUUCACAAAUUUCAACCGCCAGCAAACCACCUCAAUGUAGCAGUCGGGCUCCAGCUUAACCCCUGCUGAGUAUAGAUUUCUUUAGCAAAUUUAAUUUGUGACCGCACAAUUUUCUCGACCGCCCUCUCCUUAUUUUGGCCUGGUGCACACCUUCUUUUCAUCCUUGCGCCGCGAGAGUGUAACUUAAUCUGAAAUUUUGUGCGGUUUUCCCUCUCGGAUACUUUUCCUCCAAAUAAGGCUAUGGCGAUCGAAGCAAGCGGUAUGCAAUCUGUUGAACAAUGGGAUAAAUGCUUGUAAAACGUCCAAUACAAUUUGUUGUUUGAAAAACAACUUGUCAGAUUACCAAACAAAUUCGCAAAUUUUAACUGUUUAGACUGUUUAAAAAUUAUAUACGCAAAACAGUCAAAUGAGAAAUGUUUCAACAGUAAAAUUUCACAUCCUAAAUAUAUCAUGUCUAUGGUCAUUAUGCUUGAUCAGGGCACAUCCGAGACAUCUUACUUUCCAAAAACUGACAAGCUUUAAGCGAAACUUCUUUGGGAACACCGUAGAAAGUCUCUCUGACCCCUUUAAGAAUUUGAACAUCAACACUUGUCGGCUUUCAAAUCCAAAUCAUAACAUAUAAGGCUUUCUAGUCAGAAAUUUACCAACACAUUCAAAGCAUGUUUACAUGACAGCUGGACGUUUG